CACGAUAUCUAAAAAAAUCCAAAGUCUUCCGUCGUUUACCAUUUAUUCCUCCUGUUCGUGAAUAAUUGCCAUGAUUUUAGUGGAGGAAUGAGUUGAGGGAUUUGAAAAUUUUGGUGACGAUGGAGCCUUAAAUACCUUUCUUAAGCUUAAGUGCACAAAAUAUGAUGCAAUGAUACGACGUGAACGUGGGUAUACAUAAAGAUAGAUUACAGGUAUAUGUAGCCCAGCGUUUCUGUAACCGAUCUACAUUUCAUGCCUAUGCAUUGAACAUGGAGAAGCUCAUACGUCUUCCAUAUCAGGCCGACUUUUAAAAGACACAUUCAUCCAUCAUCAUUGAAUGUAUCAUCGAAGAGAAAUCAAGAUAUAGAUUUUUGUGAAUUGAAAAGAAAAUGGGUACCGCAGAAGAAAAUGGGCUUGAAGCAAAAUAUGAGCGAGACAAUUACGUUGAAAAUGGAACCGGGUUUGAAACGAAGAAAAUGAUUAAAGAUGAAGAAAAAAAUAAUCUGGUUGUUGAGAUUGAAACAGAUCCGAAGCAGCAUAUCUUGUAUAAGGCAGGGGAUCACCCACCGAUUUAUCUAACCAUUUUCUGUGGUUUUCAGCACACUCUUGUCUCGCUUUCCGGUGUGAUGGCAGUUUCUCUUUUGGUCUCGGACGUCACCUGUGCAAAUCUGGAUGACGACAUCAAGUCCACCCUUCUUAGUUCUACAUUGUUGAUGUCAGGAGUUUGUACAAUUAUGAUGAGCCUUAUGGGUUCAAGACUUCCCCUGUUUCAAGGAGCUGCUGGAGAUUUUCUUAUUCCUUUGCUUGCAAUGCAAGUUUUGGAUAAAUCGAAGUGUGAUUUUCCACAAAGUUUUGAUACAGACACAAACUCUACAAUAACGAAUACUUCCGGUAUACCUCUUGCAGACCAAAAACUCUUUGUAUUAAACAACAUUCGAGAGCUUCAAGGCAGCUUAAUAGCUGCAGGGACUUUCCAGUUUCUUAUUGGAGCAACGGGAUUGGUCAGCCUCCUUUUGAAAUUCAUCGGACCAAUCACAAUCGUUCCAACACUUUUUCUAAGCUGUGUUUUUAUCGUGAGAGCAUGCGUUAAAUUUGCAUCCGUUAAUUGGGGCAUUGCAUUAAUGGUAACAGCCGUGUCCCUGAUACUGUCGCUCUAUCUAAGCCAUCACAACACCCCAAUUCCGAUGUGGACGAGAAAGAGAGGCUUUCAUAUCAUGUGGUUUCCGUUACACCAAGUGUAUUCGAUCCUUAUUGGGAUCCUAGUUGGUUGGUUUGUGUGUGGUGUAAUGACAGCAGCAGGUGCGUUUAGUCCUGAUGACAAGUUGGCGAGAACAGACACUGGCCUAGACGCUAUCAGAAAAGCUGAUUGGUUUCGGCUACCAUAUCCAGGUCAGUUUGGUUCUAUUUCGUUCAGCACGAGCGUCUUUGUGGGAUUUUUGAUAGGAACUGUUACCUCUAUACUUGAUUCUAUUGGGGACUACUAUGCAUGCGCAAAGAUGUGCAAUCUUCCUCCCCCACCAGCACAUAGUGUUAAUCGAGGAAUAGCCAUUGAGGGGUUCUGUAGUCUGAUAGCGGGUUUCGUCGGAUGUGGACAUGCAACGACAACGUAUGGAGGAAACAUUGGCGCAAUCGGCGUAACAAAGGUAGCCAGUAGAGAUGUGUUUAUAACUACUGGUGUGAUAUAUUUCAUAUUCGGUAUCAUUGGCAAGAUCUCAGCCGUCUUCCUUACCAUUCCUUAUCCAGUAUUAGGCGGGGCGCUCAUUGUGAUGUUUGGAAUGUUCAACGGUGUCGUUCUAUCAAACUUACAAGUUGUCUCUCUUAGCUCAACCAGAAAUCUCGCAAUCAUCGGAACCGCCAUCUUGUUUGGUCUCAUGAUUCCAUAUUGGUUGGAGACCAAUCCUGAUGUUAUUCAAACAGGUUCAGCAGCAAGUGAUGGCGUGAUAAAAAUGCUACUUGUUAAUCCCAACCUGUGCGGAGGUGUUGUAGCCUGCUUUUUGGACAAUACAGUGAGAGGUACCUUAAAAGAAAGAGGAAUCGAGGCAUGGCAGAAAAUGAUCGACGACAAAGCAGACGAUAUGGAAGAAUUUGAUGGUGACUUCACUAUCUAUGACAUCCCUCUCCCACAAUUUCUCAAAAGAUCCAAACUUUUCCGGCGUUUACCAUUUAUUCCUCCUGUACGUGACUGAGAUUUUUAUUUAGUAAAUCUUCAAUCAUCAUCUUACUUUUAUGAUCCUUUGUCGUCAGUAUCAAAGAAUAAAUUGAUUUCAAUA